GCUGUAGUUCCUAACAAUGGUGUAUGGACGGGCGGGGGGAGGACCUUUCUGGGAAUGGAGCCCAGAGCCUUGAACAUGCUGAGCAGGUGUUCUUUUCCUCCACUGAGCUGUACUCACUCCUGGGUGAUCUAUGGAGGAAUGUUUCUUUAAGGUCACAGUUGCGGAGGUAAGAAGUCCAGUGAGGGGUACCUGCCACUUCCUAACAUCACAGCAGUUGGAAGCUGCAGGGCUAGCCUGUUCCCAGGAGAGGCAUUAACCCAAACACUUCCUCCUCUGCCCUCCCUCCCUGUGCUGGACCCAAUGGUGCAUCAUAGUCACAGCUGUAAUCUCAGAUUGCCAGAGGACAAAGCCAGUGUGGGCUCUAUAGUGUGGACCAGCCAGACCUAUGGAACAAGCAGAGAGAGCCACUUGACUGGUUUAUCAAAAACUCAAAAUAAGUGGAAUUAAGUUUCUAAUAGAUGGAUUUGGGGUUACAAGUCAAGCCAUAGUAUGUGCCUGGUCAGCAGUCUCCCACUUCCUGUGGACCAUGUGCCCAUCAUGAGGGCUUAACACCCAAGGCUUUGGGUGAGAAAGAGGCUGGAGUUUGGGCGGUUCAGGGAUUGACUAGAGCCUGUCUCCCUCACUGCACAGGGACUGACCCCUCCUAACUGAGCCAGAACUUCCUCUCCCUCUGCCUUUGUGGGCUGCUAGAGGACAGUGGGCUCCACUCCCUAGAAGACCCUCUUUCAUACCUUCAUGUGGGGAACCUCCUGUUCUGUCCUGACUGCUGUGAGCCGGCUCCCAUCCCCACCCCCUGCCCUACCCCUCCCUGUUUCUACCCUGGGGUAGGAGUGGGGAUUGGGAGAGACUUUUUAGGCCUGGGCUCUGGAGAAUUCAAUCUGGAACUGGUUAGCAUCCAAGUGAAAACGAUGUGGAAACACAGCCCACCCUCCCCUCAAGGCCAGCAGAAUGAAUAGAAUGGACCCCUCACCACCACCUAAAAACACAGCGGUGGCCUAAGCCCUACUUACAAAAGCAACUUGGGAAACUUGGAGAUACUGAGAAAUAGUUUUAAAAACAAAAUACUUCCACCUGGUUUACUGCCUGGCCCCACUUGGUCAGCAUUGGGAGGUACUUUCUAGGUGUACCCCAGGCCAGACUCCUUAUCAGCAGUAACUGCUACCUGCUGUCCACUGGGCUCCUGUAAUCACCAACUGCAGAAUGUAAGGGCUGGACCCACCUCGUGCCUGGCUGAGCCCCUGCCCCCAGCCUCUGGUGAGGGCCCCAGGCCAACUGCUGACUCAGCAGUAGGGCCCUCUCUGCUCCGUGUUCCUGGAACUUGGUCCGGGUGUCUGGUUUUGCUCAGCUGUUGCAUCAGAAAGGGCUACUUCUGCGUGCCCUGCCUUGUGACUCUCCCUGUUCUGUCUCCAGGGCCUUCCCCAGCCUGACUCAAGAGAAUUUCCAUUAGCCCCAGGGGCCAGUGGGCACAGCCCUCAACGGCUUUCUUGAGGCCUGGACAGCCUAGACAAAGCUGUAGCUCCCAGUGUUAUGGCCCAGAAAACACUUGAUGUGGAGCCAAAGCUCCUGACAGCUGAGCAGUAUCCCCUCACUUACUGUUGAGACACUCUGUCCCUUGGCUGUUCAAAGCACCAUUUCUGGGAAGGCCAGUGGACAGCUUUUCAGAGCCCAGUGUCCCCAGCAACUGCAGAGCCAGCAGGUGGUUCCAACUACCCUGCCUGCCCCUCUGAAGACACCAGUCAUCUUAGGUCUGAGGCUGGAGAGCAGGAAGCAUCUGUCACCCCUCAUUCUGAGGCCCCAGUUCCCCUCAUCCCCUCCCUCAGCACCGCUCCAGUCUUCCAGCAUCUAGAGGGCUUCAAACCAAAGCACACAGUUAUUUUAUAGGACCUCUUGGGCCUUCACAAUGCAAAGCCACUCAGUCCCACAGGCCCCGCCUCAGGCCUUGGCGUCAGCAACCUGAGCCGGCAGUGUCCUGCAGUUCCCCAUGGCCUGCCUGAGUCCCUCACAACUCAAGAAGUUUCAGGAGGAUGGCUUUCUGCUGUUGGAAGGAUUCUUGACAGCAGAUGAGUGUGAGGCCAUGCAACAGAGGAUUGGGGAGAUUGUGGCUGAGAUGGAUGUCCCUCUGCACUGCCGAACAGAGUUUUCCACCCAGGAAGAUGAGCAGCUUCGAACUCAGGGCAACACAGACUACUUCUUGAGCAGCGGUGACAAGGUUCGAUUCUUCUUUGAGAAAGGCGUUUUUGACAAGAAAGGAAAUUUCUUGGUCCCUCCAGAGAAAUCUAUCAACAAAAUCGGCCACGCUUUGCAUGCUCAUGACCCUGUCUUCAGGAGCGUGACACAUUCUCCCAAGAUGCAGGCUUUGGUCAGAAGUUUGGGCCUCCAGCUGCCAGUGGUGGUGCAGAGCAUGUAUAUCUUUAAGCAACCUCACUUUGGCGGCGAAGUCUCCCCUCACCAAGAUGCUACCUUUCUGUACACGGAGCCCUUGGGCCGCGUGCUGGGCGUGUGGAUUGCGAUUGAAGAUGCCUUGCUGGAGAACGGCUGCCUCUGGUUCAUCCCUGGCUCCCAUACCAGUGGAGUGUCAAGAAGAAUGAUCAGAGCCUCUGAGGGCUCUGGGCCUGCCACUAGAUUCCUUGGGUCAGAGCCAGCCUGGGAUAACAAGCUCUUUGUGCCUCUGCCAGUGCAGAGAGGGGGUCUGGUCCUGAUCCAUGGAGAAGUGGUGCAUAAGAGUGAACAGAAUCUCUCCGACCGCUCGCGCCAGGCCUAUACUUUCCACCUCAUGGAGGCCGCUGCCAGCACUGUGUGGAGCCCAGAGAAUUGGCUCCAGCCCACAACUGAGCUGCCCUUUCCACUACUCUACAUUUAAAGGCCCUGGCAGGACUGGGCUGGUCCCCACAGAGAGAAGCUGUCAGCACCAGGGCCUCUGGCUGCAACCCAAGGGCACAUCUUCCUGUUUGGCUUUCUGAUGGUGUCUGUGAACCUUGGUCCAGCAGACAGGGAGCCAAGAAGCAGAGGUGACAGGGCAGCAGCCCAGGCUGGGUAAAGGGCUUCCUCCAAAAUGUUGUCUCACUGCCACCUUUCUGUCCUAAAGCAGCCUGAGUUGCCUCUCAGUAGUGAAAUGAUUCUGAUUUUCAGUUUUCUCUUGAAUGGAAAUUACUGUGUAAAGCACAGAAUAAAAAUGACUUGAAAUAU